CUUCAUUUAUGCACUAUACAUUGUUUUUACGCUCUUUUUGGCUUUAUUUGACUUUUCAAACCCUAUUUCUGUUGGGGACGUCAGUAUACUUUACCUCUUGCCCUUAAGCCUGCCAGGUUCUCACUUUUUUUCCUUGCUCUUUUUUGAAUAUUUUUAUUUCGUAUUUUAACGACCACUUGGUACUUUACCAUAUACACAACUUUAUAAUGAACUUUGCACACACAACACAACCACUAUCACCAGCAACACCACCACAUUCACCCCGAGACACCAGCGGCUGGCUCCGCCGUCGCAACCCACUGCCCGCAUCGUUUUCCAAACCCAGUACCCCUCCCCGGCGAAAGCACUACGAUGCAUACAUAAGGUCACUUGACAACAAUUCCACAACGGCAGACUUUUCUUGGGACACCGACACCAUCUCCGUGCGCAGCCAAAGCCCCAACAGCUCAUUCAGCUACGACAGCCACGACGACUCACUGCUUGCCAUUCAGUCCAAGCAAAAGCAACACCAGCGCACAAUCAACGAGCUCAAUCUCAAACUCGAGGCCAGAGACUUUGAAAUCGCCCGGUAUAUCGAAAACAUUGACCAGCUUGAGGAGCAACUAAAAACCGCACGACUCAGAGCGGCAGCCGACAACAAGCGCGACGAAGAGCGCGACGAGUAUAUUACGUGGUACGAGGAGCAGCUGUAUGCAAAAUGCACAGAGCUAGAGGCCCUGGAGAACGAUCACCGACUGGCGCUCCAGUCGUCUCUCCAGUCGGCCGAGGUGAAGCACCAGAGGGUUGUUGAUGGGCUAAUGCUCAGGAUUUCAGAAGCUGAGGAUAGGUCGAGGAGACUGACUGUAUGCUCCGAUGACAUGUACAGGGAGCUCGAACAGACCAAGACCGAUAUCAAAUACCAGCAUGAGCGCGAACUCCAGGAUGCCCGGCUGGCUCUUUUGCGUGAGAAGCGGGUGUCAUCGGACCUGCAGGAUAAGCUAAACAAUUAUGCUGUGCAUAUCGACGAGCUGAAGUUGCAGGUCCAGACGCUUACGCUUGCACUGGCUUUUUACAGGGACCGCGAGUUGGACAGCAACCCUGCGGACGAAUUGACUGCUGUUUCGGGCAUGUCGCUAUCGCUGCAUGUUGAAAUGGCACAAGCGAUGCAAAAUACCGGCCACUCGGAUUCAAAUAAAAAUCAAGUAUUGGCCGGUGCUAGUGCUGUGCCACUUGACAGCAGAUUUUCUUUAUUUAAUACUUCUGCUAAUGUCGGCCAUGUGUUGGCCGGCUACGCCGCUGAGGAUGCCUGUUUUCAAGUCGGCGGAAUUCGGCCAAUUCCACUCGAGCAGAAGAAGCACAAAAGUGGCAACAUGUUGCCGGCAUCGGCUCCGGCUCCGGCUCCGGGAGGUACUAUAUACUGGCUGGCUGUGUACGUGCACAUGGUCUGGUCAUUUUACUUAAGGCUAUGGAUCAUGCCUCUCUGGCGCCUGGCGUGCUUCUCCAUCGGCAUCCUAGUUGAAAUUAUGGCGUGCAGACCGCUUGGUCGUCUGCUGCUCAUGAUUAUGCUGAUGCCGUACAAUGUGUCCAGGCGGAUUCUGCACAACAAAAAAUAAGCACAAGUGGGCGGAGAUUUCUCAUAUUUUUUAUAUUUUUCUUUGUUCGU